AUGUCAAAUUCGUCGGAGGAAACUGUACACCCCCCGACCGAACGAGAAGAAGAAGAUUUAGUUUCUACAUUCGAAGACCCGGAACCUACCGCGCAUAUAGCCGACUUAGUUCAAGGAUCGUACGACGAAUCCUUCGAUUCAACAGCUUCAGACGAUCUAUCACCCCCGUCAAGUCGUUUUAGAUUUCCUUUUAGAGGACUUUCGAGCGCUAGUUUACCUAGCUUUGCACAACCGCAAACUGCAAGCUCAAGUACAUUACCUACACCCCCUGUAUCGCGAGUAGGACAGCAAGUUCCACCGUUUAUUUUUAAUCAACCACCGGUACCACUACCUCCUAUUCCACAAGCAUCGCGAACCCCGACACCUCCUCCAAUGAGUUCGUCAGGACCCUCGGGUAGUACCUCGGCUUCUACUGCCGCGACGCCAUCGUCAUUAAGCGAAAAAGUUAUUGUACAAAAGAUAUCCCCACUUAAAGGAUCAGACGAUUAUGCCGUAUGGGCUUCUAAAAUAGAAGACUUAUUGUUCCAAUUAAAGUUAGCCGGACAUAUAGACGACGACCAUAUUAAUGCUCAUAAAGGGGACUCCACAUGGGCCGAUGAAGAUCGCAACGCGCUUAUAACAAUACGAAGUCGAGUAGAUCAAGGCGCAUAUAUUCACGUUAUGUCGUGUACAACAGCGAAAGAAGCAUGGGACAAAUUAAAGGACAUGUUUGAAGUGCACGGUAUGUUAGCCAAAUUAUUCCAAAGACAGAAACUCGAUAAUAUUCGCAUGGCCGAAGGAGACAAUCUAGAACACCAUAUAAGGAAACUACGCACCGAAUUUGAGUCAAUGCAACGCAUAUCCGGCGACGCAUCCAGAUGGAACGAUGAAGAGUGGAUAACACUCCUAAUUGGGUCAUUACCGGCCUCAUGGAAGCCUGUAAUACAGACGCUUCCCGUAGAAUAUGAACAAGGAGCGACAGCUACUGCAACUGCCGAAAAUAGAAAGAAGAUGGUUUGGACCGUAACCAAACGGCUUCUUGCCGAAGAAGCACGUCUAAAGGGCAAGACCGCUCCAAAAGGGGAGACCGGCAUGUUUAAUCGCAAUCAAUCAAUGAAAUUCCCUAAAACGAAUGGUAAUUCCAAUACAGGAAAGAAACCCGGACAAUGCCAUAACUGCGGUAAAUGGGGCCAUUGGGCCUCAGAAUGUUGA